ACUAAAUUUGUUCACAAUAUAUAUUUUCUAACCUAGUUAAGUAGUUAAAAUUUAUUAGGCGACUAGAAUUUUAUUGUAGGUGGAAAUUGUUUAGCGGCAAGGAGUUGUGGUGGUGUUAUUCUGCCAGAUUGCGGUAAAGUUGUUCACAAUAUAUAUUUUCUAACCUAGUUAAGUAGUUAAAAUUUAUUAGGCGACUAGAAUUUUAUUGUAGGUGGAAAUUGUUUAGCGGCAAGGAGUUGUGGUGGUGUUAUUCUGCCAGAUUGCGUGGGAGACUGUGAAAUUGAAGAACUCACAAGUGCAGGAUUGGGAUGGGUUGGCAACCGCUUUGAAGUGUGUCAGUAUUAAACAUCUUGAUAUGAGAAAUGUCCGGAUGCCUGACAAAACUGAGGUUCGCAAGACCUGGAGGAGUGAUUGUAUCAAAGCUAUUAGUAAGGUAAAUACGUUGGUGAAGUUAGAUCUGUGUCGCUGCACCUCGAAACUCCUAAAGCAGAUAGCUGCCAUCUGUCCACAGCUGGAGUACAUAGCAGCUGAAACUAUGAAGAACAGUCAAAUUAAUAUGACAAACUUAGGAAAUUGUCAAAAUUUGAUAGAACUGAAUCUCAGAGGUCUGGCAGGGAUAACAGUCAUCAAUGUGUCUUUACUUACGAAUCUCACUAAAUUAAAAAAACUGUCGCUGAUAGAGGUGAAGAACACGUCGGAGGUUCUGGAGGUGGUAGGCAAGAUGACUCAGCUGGAGUCUCUAGAGCUGGGGGAUAUGAUCAAUGUGACAGAGACACAUGUGAUACAGGGCUUCUCACAGCUCACUAAGCUCAAACGGCUUCGUCUCGAAAAGGGACAACAGGACUGCCCCACAAAUGCCAUCAUACAUACCAUCAGCAAGUUACCAUGUCUGAACCAUCUGGAGCUGAUCAACUUUGAUAUCAAGGAAGGUUUUGAUGCAUCCUUGAACAAAUGUUCCAACAUUAGUAAACUGCUCUUGGUCCCCACCUAUACAUCACAGGUAGCAGCCACCUUCAGCCUGGUGCUGGAGGGUGUAAGUAGUCUGAACAAAACACUGAAAGAUUUUGUCUUGGUGGUAACACUAGAGCUGCUUAAAUUCACAAACUUUGUUAUGAUCGACGAACGGAACCAUCUGGUCCUGAACAACACAGCAGGCAAUAGUCUAACUCAAACUCCACAGAAGACUUCAGUAGAUUAUAUCCCGAUCCUGAGGCCUACCAAGAUGGGAUUUGUGCCGGAAAUGUUGCUACUGCCACAGCUGUACGAUAUGCUGACCAUCCUGCUACCCAAUACCAAUAUCUUAAUUCGGAAAGCUCCUUUCAAUGUCACAUGGCAACUGACCAUUUAUGAUUCAAAUCAGUGACUUUCUUAGACAAUCAGUUAUCCAUUGAUUUUUUGCUAGACACUUUUUUUAGUUUCAAAAAACAAGAUUAAUAGUAGGUAAAAAAUUUUGAAAAAAGUUAAAUAUUUUAAAUUUAUUUUAUUGUUAUAAACAUUUGACUAAGUUUCUCUUUGCAAUAAUUUAAUAAAAGUUUCCAUAUUGUUUUUUGCAAAGUUUAAUUAGUUUAGUUUUUUUAGAUUUCCACUGAAAGUUUCAGAAAUUGGCUAUCAUGAUCUCACAGUUCUUAAUAAACCAAAUAUUUUUAUUUAUUAUCUUUUAAUGGUUGUUAUAACAUUUUCAUCAUCAUACAGGUUGAUGUUGAAACCGUUACUCUAGUCAGAAAAUCCACCAAAUAAUACACUACUGGACUUUUCAAAAUAUUUUUAAAUUCUUAACUUCAGAUGAAAAUGAAUUAACUAUAUUAAUAGUUCCUCCAGUGGAGGAGGCUGUGUACGACGACCCGUGAUAACGGAAACGUCAGAUGAUGAUGAUGAUGAUGAUAUUAAUAGUAAAGUCUUUUCCAGCAAUAACAUAAUUUUCCUUUCUUAUUAACAAUUCUAAAAUAACAUUUAGCCUAUUUAAAAAUUCUAAAUCGUGCAAUUGUGGUUUCCUAUAGACACCUGCCAAAAUAAUUGUCUUUUUAUUCAAACACUUUUUACAAGCGGAUUCUUUCGUUCACUUGGUCAUUACAUUCAGUAGUUCAUUUUGUUCGAUCAACACGAAGACCGGUAUAACAUGCUCUAGUGGAAAGGCUCAGUAACUCUGUACCGGUUCAACUGAACGAAUCGCAGCAGUGAAGUGACCGACUGAGCCGGGGAUCAAAAUCAGGUGAUCCAAUAAAGCAAAUGGUUUUACUUUUGGGGCUAGUUGUGUUAUUAAUGAAUGCCGAUUAGUGGUCGUAGUAAAAAACAUUUAGUUUACUGAUUUUUAUAUUUUUCAAUAUUAUAUUUCUUAGAAAGAUUAUACUUACUUAGCUGAUACUGUCAAAAUUCUACUGUAUUUUUUCAACAAAAAUUGUCUAAAACACAUACAAAAUUAGUUGCGUGUUAAAACAUGUUUUAUAGGUGACCUACCUAUAAAAAUAAAAUAACGAACUUUCAAUCCUUUGGCGGUGAACUUCAGAUAUACCGGAAGUUAUGCAAUAACCUAUUUAAUUUAUUUUGUAACAUAUAUUAAUGAAAUGUCCACAAAAACUGUAAGUACACAACCAAAUCAAAGAAAUGUUGCAUUUUAAAUAAUAUAUGAUUUGAAGUUUGUAUUUCUUAAUGUUUCAUUUUACACACUAGAAUAUGUUGUAUGUACCUAUAUCAAUUCUACAAAUAAAAUAUUAAUAAAUUGUUACAAAAUAUUAUAAAGUACAUGUUAGGCUAAUAUUAAAAUAAACACAAGAACUUCAUGUAAACACUAAAAUGCCUUUACCACCAAAUGUAGUCAUAAUUAUGGAUAGUUAAAUAAUUUAAGACCACAGUAAAGAAUUGAAUUUUUAUAAA